AUGGCGGGAACCGGACUUCAACCAUUGAACAUUUUCCUUAUAGUUUUCCCUUUUGUUGUGUCUGCCACUAUCGUGGCUAUCAGGACAUGGAAGAAGAUCAAGGAGCGCCAGUUGGCUAUUGGUAUGGCACCGUUCCGCAUGAGUCAAUGGCGCUACAUUAACAACGCGACAUACAACCAAAUCCUUGGUCUCGUCAAAAUCUCGUUCCUAAUCACGUUGCUAAAGCUACGCUCAACGAAUCGGCUCAUUAUCGCAAGCAUAUGGACUCUGAUUGCCGUGAACAUAGCCUUCAUUUUCGCCGCCUUUCUUGCACACAUCUUCCGAUGCCAGCCCAUCAACAAGUACUGGCAGGAUGUUCCUGGUCAUUGCCAUAACAACACACAAUACAUCUUCGGUGUGAUCGCCGUCACCAUUGCCACGGAUGUUCUUGUGGCAUUGAUUCCAGCAUGGAUACUCUACGAUAUCCGUAUGCCUUCGAAGGUCAAAUUAGAAGUCAUUGUAUUUCUCUCUCUCCCAAUUGCAGUUACGGCAAUCGGCUGCUAUCGACUACAUCGCUUCGUCCUCGUCUUCAGCUUGCCUAAAGGCACACUCGAGGACCCUUACAACGUGAGGAACGCACUUACAAGCGUUGAGGGUAAUCUUGGUGUGAUCGCUGCUUGCGGGCCCACUAUCAAAUGGAUCUUGGUGAGUUACAACGGGUACCCCUGCACGUAA